AUGGGUCGACUUAAUACUGACCAAAUUGCUAUUUCGUAUAAUACAAUAUCGAAAAAAUUGAGUCGAGACGUUCAAGCAUCUGGAUUACAUUUGAAUGCCCCAGGCUUUAAAUUUAUUAUAUUUCCAAGUGUAUUUACAUCAAUGGAAUUCGAUGAUAUAUCAUGUCUUAAUCAAGAUGGUGUCUCGAUUAAUCUCGAUGCAACAUUACAAUUCAAAGCUGACCCAAAAAAUAUAUAUGAAAUCGUUGUACAAUUUAAAGAUUUUGAAGGAUAUAAAAAAAUCCUUUAUGCCACAGGUCGAGCUGCUGUUCACGACACAUGCGCUCAUUUUAAUACAACUGCCUUUCAAAGUAUGAGAGGUUUUUUUCAAGUUAAAUUACUCGACGAAAUGAAAAAUACAUUCACUCCAUUUUAUGCAAUUCUUCGCGACUUACAAGUAAAUAAUGUUCGUCGACCAGGAGAUUUUGAAACAGCUGUCAAAGAUAAGGAAGCAGCAAAAGAAAAUAUUAAAAUUGCUGAGAAUGAGCGUCCAAAAUUAUUAACACAAGCUCGUACAGAAUAUCAAAAAGCACUAAAACAAGCUCAAAUUAUCAAUGAACGUGCUGAAACCGACAGUAACAUUAUUUUAAAUCAAGCUGAUGCUGAAGCUCAAGCUGUUCGAACACGAUACUCAACUGAGACUGAAACUUUUGCCAAAUUAAAAAAUAAAAUGGGACUCACUGUUGAAUCACUCUUAAAUUACAUGGCUAUACGAGUUAUCGGCUCAUCGAAAAAUGACGUUUAUAUUAACAUGAAAUCUCCAGCACAAGUGAAAUAUGAAUUAUAA